UGUCCUGUAUAUCUUUGUUACCCACUGCACCACUUCUUCACAAACACAUUGGUCCGUUUCGGAAGCUAAUACAUAAUGGCUCGUAGUUGCGGAUACGACGCAUAUGGGCGGUAUUAUUGCCGGAACAGCGCAUGGAACGACUGGGUUCGCUGGGUCGUCCUCGCUGUGAUCAUUGUCGGCUUCUUCCUGCUCUUCGUCGUCUGCAGCUGCAUAACCGCUCGCCGCCGACGUCGCUUGGGCAGACAACCCUUCUACGGCACCGGAUGGGCCGCCCGACCCGGACAACCCACCGCCCAGCCCUACUACAACAACAACCAGAACUACAACCACCCGCCCCCGCAGUACACGCCGCAGCCCCAGAAUCAAGGAUACUAUGGUUCGAACCAGGGAUACUACGGGUCCUCGCCGUACGGACAGCAGCAGGGCGUUGAACUCCAGUCUCCUCAGCCUACGCACACUCGCGGUGGCGACGACGUGUACGCUCCGCCAGCCGGACCGCCACCCGGCAAGGGCGACGGCAUCAUUCGAUAGACGGCUUGCUCGACGUCGAUCGUAAUUACCGAUGGGGCGGGUAUCGGA